UCUCAGAAGACGUUUAUUCCCGUAAAGCAUAUUGACGCAGAUCUACGCAAUUGGAGAAAUAAGUAAACCUACUCUCUUUCUGUUGAGAAUUACAGUUGAACUACAAGAAAAAGAUCACUUAACUGUACUGACUGAAAUGGCGAUGUCAAAACAAGAGAUCCUCCAGGGACGGCAGGUCGGACCUUGUGAUGCACUCUGCUGUUUUAAUCAUCCUAUGAAGUGCUUUAUGGUCGAGGGCGGUGCAGCUGCCAUACCAGGCGGUGACACAGCCGGACAGGAUCCCUCAAUAGUGCAUCUGUAGAAGUUGCCGACCCAUUGAUGUGUAUGGGGGCGUAGUCUCCCCUCUGCUGCUUCCUGUGAUCAACAGUCAUCUCCUUCAUUUUGCCGAUAUUGAGCUGGAGGUUGUUAUCCUGACACCACGAGAAACUCUGAUGGAAUGCCUGACCUGCAGCCAUCUUAAGACCGCAGAAAACUGGAUCGAGCUUGAGCCGUUUGUCUCUUCAGAAGAUGAGAUUUCUAUCUAUAGACUUGAAUCUACCGCAGGGUGUUACGAGUGCAAAGUAUCUGGCCUACGCUGGGUAUGUAAGAAGAAAGUGACACUUCAGUACCACUUCAGGCCCUGGGACCCUCAUAGGGGAUUGCUGCAAAGCAUGGGGUACAGGCAAGGAGGCCCUCUCCUGGACAUCAAAAUAAUUGCUGGAAAACUGGAAGAAGUCCAUCUGCCACAUUUUGCCUGUUUUGGGGUUGAAGAUCACUACAAUCCCACCAUUGAGCAGAGUGUGAGAGUUCUUAGUGUGGAAGACAAUAACGUGUCAAUAGGAAAAGUGGAUAAGGUCACACGCUUCCACGUCAAGAUUGUCCACCCAUCUUUCUCUCUGAGAGGAGUUAUCCUGCAGGCACUGGGCUUCUCUGUGCACUCCGAUUUGCUUAUCUAUCAGGACAAGACGGCACACCUGACACUACGCACCUAUCUGAUUCCAUAUGAUCCUGCGUUAAAAGAGGCAGUGGAGAAACAGGAGAAGUGUCGGGGAUCUACCAGGAUACUUAAGCCGAGACCAGAAAAGUCCCUGUGGUUGACAACUGAUUAUGUACUCAAGACAACCUGUCCUUCUGAUAUUGAAAAAUCAGUCAACCCUAAGAGAAUUGAGCUUGCUCACAUCAACCCACCAAACUUCUAUGAGGUGUUUAUAAAAGACGCAGAUUUUGACUUCCGUCUGAACCUCUGCUGUAAGGGUCGUAAACAAUUAAAAUGGAGCCAGGAAAUACGAGAAGCUGAAUACAGAAGACCUCCACCAGACAGUCCUGAUCAACAGAGUCCGGCAGGUGGGUCCCGUCUGGGACGGUCUCCAGAAUAGUGACGUCACUACUGCAGGUUGCUGCUACAUUGGUGUGAGAGCUAACAAGACUAAACAGGGGAGAAUGACGGACCUUUGAUUGGCCCCCAAAAGUACAGUGUGCUGAUUACCAAUCCAAAUCAAUUCCAUGUAGAGUGAGAAUGUCAGGAGCUUGGAUGGUGAAUGGGGGGGAUUUUAUAUUGGGGUUUCUUAUACAGUAAGCUAGCAGUUAUGCUUUGUUUCAUUUAUUUGUGUUCAGAGAAAAAAAAACUAUAAAAACUAUAUAUAAGAUAAAAGGGUAUAGGGUAGAUAUUUAUUAGAGGGAGGGGGUGUUACAAUUUCAAUUCUUCUGUAAAGAUCAAUGCUCAAUAACGCAUCUUAGAUGCUUUGAUUGUUUACAUACAAGGAAAUAUCAAUUUACAGAAUAUAAUGAAAAGGAGACACAAAUAACCAAAUAAUUACAUUUAGACUGCCAUGUGAAGAGAGGUUGAGGAAUUUAUAUUAUGGUAAUCACGGGUACCAAUAGUAAUGGCUCACAAAAACAUUUGUAAUAGCAUGUUCAUAAUAUAUUAUCAUACUGAAGCAUGAAUUUGCACAUUUAAAUAAUGCUAAAUAACUUGUUUUAAACCAUAUUUCCAAUGCAGGGCAAGCUAGUUUAAUUUGUAGCACCAUAUUAUCCAAAACAACAAGCAGGUUUCAAACAGGUAAUAUAUGGGGUCACAUCAGUCUGAAAACUCACACGCACACAAGAUAGAGUUGAGAGAGCUGAAACACAAGCUGCGCGUGCAGAGGAUCAAACUCGCUCGCACGCGGGUGCCACUUCAAGAAGAAAAGUUGAGAGAGCAGAAUGUGACGAUGAGAGAGCAGAAACACAAGCCGCGUGAGCGAACAAUAAGGUAUAUCUGCAGACCGCAAGUCGGGGGCGUUACUUAAU